AUGGCUACUGAAGAAAUACGCGCCGACUCCUAUGUCGGUUUUGACUCCAUCACCCAGCAGAUUGAACACAAAUUGUUGAAGAGAGGCUUCCAAUUCAAUGUCAUUGUUGUCGGACAAACUGGUCUGGGAAAGUCGACGCUCAUCAACACAAUUUUUGCGUCACACUUGAUUGACUCGAAAGGACGGUUCCAAGCGGACGAACCUGUCAGGCAGACAACAGAGAUACAGGCUGUUUCUCAUGUCAUCGUGGAAAACGGUGUCAAACUUCGCUUGAACAUUGUCGACACUCCCGGGUAUGGUGACCAGAUUAACAACGAAAACUGCUGGGACCCUAUCAUCAAAUACAUCAAGGACCAGCACAGUGCUUACCUCCGCAAGGAGCUCACUGCUAUGCGAGACCGGUACAUCCAGGACACGCGAAUUCACUGCUGCCUCUACUUCAUCAACCCAACUGGCCACGCCCUCCGCCCCAUUGAUGUCAUUGUUAUGAAGAAGCUCAGUGAAGUUGUCAAUGUUGUCCCCGUUAUCGCCAAAUCAGACAGCUUGACUGCGGACGAGCGGGACGCGUUCAAAGUGAAGAUCCGGGAGGAAUUGGUAUACCAUAACAUCCGGCUGUAUCCUUUCGAUACGGAUGAGGAUGAUGAAGAAGAGGUUCAGUUGAACGAGACGAUUCGGGACAUUAUUCCUUUCGCCAUCGUUGGUUCAGAAAGCGCCGUAAUCAUCGACGGAAAGUCCGUUCGUGGCCGCAAGAACAGAUGGGGUGUUGUCAACGUCGAGGAUCCCAACCAUUGCGAGUUUGUCAACUUGCGUAAUUUCCUUACAAGGACUCACUUGCAAGACUUGAUCGAAACAACCGCUCAAAUCCACUACGAGGCAUUCCGUUCAAAACAAUUGUUAGCGUUGAAGGAAGGUGUCAACCAGCGCCCACCUGCCGAUCGCUAA